AUGAAGGACGGGUGGCGGCAGUGGAGAGGUGGCGCUGCCUUCUGCCCGCUGGCCGCUGGCCCGCUUCCAAACCCCCCGCGGCUGGGGGCUGUGGCGGCCGUGGUGGCCCUCCUGAUAGCAGGCCAGCUCAGGCUGGAGCGGAGCAGAUGCGCGGGCAGCCCCCUGCCGGUGAGCCACGGCGCGGUCAGCGUGGAGAGCAGCGGAGGCGGCAGCGGCGGCCGCGGCCCAGUAGUGCCCGUGUCUGCCCCCUCCACCUCGUGCUGCGGCCCUCUCCCCCAGCGGCCAGCUCGCUCCUCCAGCGCCCUGCCCGCGGGCAGACCUGUUGCCACGGUGCGGAGGACCCGCCAGCGCAAGACGCCGCAGCUGCGCCGGUCGCUGACCGCACACUCUUUCCAGAUUUGUACCUGGCGGCCAAAAUCGGAAUUUUUUUCGUCGUUAAUCAGUUCUGCGUUGAAGCAUUAGAAGACACC